GCGGAAUUUCGUGGACCUGUGUUACCUCAAAAUAUCAAAUUAUUAGUAUUACUACAAAUCAUUCAUUAACGAUAUGGGUCGUUCAGACAGUCGUAAACGUGGACGUAAUACAAAAUCUGUCAAAGAAUCGGAUUCAAAAAGAACUAGAACAACUAUUUGUCGACCUGAAGAUGAAGAUUCUACGAUGUCAGGAUCAUUGGAUUUUGAUAAUGAAUCUAAUGAAGAUGUUUAUGAUAAUAACGAGGUCGAUGAUUUUAAUAUCAGGAAAAUCGGUAAGGUCAGCUCAGAGAUUGAUGAUGAUUUGGAUGAUAAUGUUGAACAUAAUGAUAAUGACGAUGAAGAUGCUGAUAUCGAUGAAUAUGAAUCGGGUAUAAUGGAUGCAGAUGAGUUACGUGUUGCUUCAAGAGCGCAAAUGACAAAAACCCGUCAGCAACAUGAUUCUUCAGUGAAUAAACCUACAGAGACAACAGUUGUUUGUACACCGAAAGAUGAAUUUGGUGCUAAAGAUAUGAGGAAUAUAUUAAAAUUACGUUUAGAUCAUCCAUCUCGUCCAUUAUGGAUAGGUCCAGACGGACAUAUUUUUCUCGAAACUUUCAAUCCAUUGGCUCGUCAAGCUCAAGAUUUUUUGAUUGCUAUUUCAGAACCAGUCUGUCGACCUUUACACAUACACGAAUACAAACUCACCUCUUAUUCAUUAUAUGCAGCUGUUUCAGUUGGUUUACGUACUGGUGAGAUAAUUGGUUGUCUACGUCGUUUAUGCAAAACUAACCUACCAGAAGGUAUUAUUGCAUAUAUUCGUAGUUGUACAUUAUCAUACGGAAAGGCGAAAUUAGUUUUAAAAGGUGGUCGUUAUUUUGUUGAAAGUCCCCAUCGUCAAUUUUUACAUCAGUUAGCAAAUGAUAAAACUGUACAACAAUGUUUGAAUAAAACAAAGAUUAUUACAGAAGAUGAUGAUAUUAAACAACAAGUAGUGGAAGUUGUAAAAUUGUAUAAUGCUGCGUCAUUAGUAAUACAGCCACAACACCAACAAGAAGAUAGCAGAGAAAUUCCAGCAGAUAAAGAAACUGGUAUGCAAGAUGAAAUGUUACGUCUUUAUGCUCGUUUGGAUGCAGAUGAAGAAGCAGGUGAAACAAAUUCUAUCCUUGUUGAUACAACAAAAAAAUCAGGGAAUAAUUUCUGGGAACAACCUAGCGAUACUGUAAAUAUUAAUGCAAUCGGUAUUGAAUCAGAUGUUGCUGAUCGUGAAGGUGAGUUGAUGGAUAUAAAAGAUAAUGGAAACACUGCUGGUAUAAAAUUGGUUUUUGACUCAUCUGUUCCAAACGAUACGAAAACCUCAGCUGUACUUGCUUUGGAAGUGAAUCAAGAUCAAAUUGAAAUUCUUCAACGAAGAUGUAUUGAAUUAGAAGUACCAUUAUUAACAGAAUAUGAUUUUCGUUUAGAUCGUGCUAAUAAAGACAUUUUAAUUGAUUUAAAAGCCAGUACAACAUUAAGACCAUAUCAAGAAAAAAGUUUACGAAAAAUGUUUGGUAAUGGUCGAGCUCGUUCUGGUGUUAUUGUUUUACCCUGUGGAGCUGGUAAAACAUUGGUAUGUCAUUCGCGUUUAUAUAUAAUAUUAUAGUUUGUGGAUUAUCUUAAUAAGUUAGAUAAACUAUUUACUACACUUCCUCAAUGUGCUUAUCAGAUCUAAGUUACGCGGGCAUUAUGGAUAUUAACGAAAUAAUGAGUCUUAGAUUUUAUUUGUUUGAAAUUUAUUGCCAUUAAAAAGAUGUUUUUUUCCUACAAACUAAUAGCUACCGAAAGCUAGAAAUUCUUGUUCAAUCGUAUAAAUUAUGUUAACAUUUCAAUAUUCUAUGAAUGAUGGAUUGUUUGAAAGUAUUCAAAACCCAG